AUGAAGAGAUUCCCAGCUCUUGUCCAGCUCCAUCACAUCUCAGACUUCAGACACUUUGAAACUAAACAGCAACUCCUAAGUCUUCAUCCUCAACAACCAAAUUUUACUACAAUGUUUAUUUCCACCCGAACUCUUGCAGCCAUCGCGGCCGGCAUGAUUACUCUUCCUUCAGUCGUUUAUGCCCAAUGCCUUGCUAUCCGCACUUACCAGCACUCGAGACCUCUCAUGAACGAUGUCUUGACCAUGGAAUUCUGGUAUGAAGGCCAAAAGGUCUGCCACCAGCGCGCCUCGGAAUUCUUUGCCGAUAAUGAAGAUUACUAUCAAUGGGAUUGCACCGACCUCGUUGUUCCCGAGUAUUCAUGGCGCAUCCAAGCUCGCGAGAAUGGAAAACAAGUCCAUGUCCAAGAGAUCAAUGGGGCUGGGGAGGUUACUAUCGAUUAUGAUAUGACCAUGCAGAACACUGAGACGUGGACUGCUUGUGGAGUUAUGGGUGAUACUGCAUGUAAACUGGAAGAUACCUAUUUCGAAUCUUGUUCUUGGACAGCAGACCUUUGCAUCUCAGGUACUCAGACUUGUUCGCUUUGUGAUGGCAAGGCUACCUGCGAUGUUCCUCCCUAA